AUAAAAAAGUUGCGUUCUUUGAUUCUUUAUUUAUUAGGUUUCGAUCUUUCCGAAUAAUUAAAAAUCCCAUUUCCAUUUGAUUUUCCUCAAAAAAACCCAAUCCCUUCCCUCCCUUUUCCCCGAUUUUCAAUUUUUUUUCACGAUCAUCGGAUUUCUUCCUUUUCGGAUUCCGAUUCCGAUCACACCACGAUACCGGGUUUCAAUGGAAACCCAUCUCAACCCUCUCCCUUUCUUCUUCUCAAUCUUCUUCACGAUCUACGUUAUUGCUUAUUUCCUCUUGUUUCGCAAUUGGAGCCCUAAGAUCCGACCAGAAGCUGCCAGUUGCGCUAUUUCCUUCGCGCAUGGCACCCCCGCCGUCUUCUUAGCCUCCGGCGCCAUUCUCUCCGACGCCGGUCGUGGUUUUGCCUCACCCAACUCCGAUCUUCAAAACCUUGUCCUCGAUUACAGCAUCGCCUAUUUUCUAAUGGAUCUAUUGCACUAUCUCAUCUUCUUCCCUUCAGAUUUGCUCUUCAUCGCUCAUCAUUUGGUCACUCUCUUCGUCUUCGUUACUUGCCGUUACCUUGUCUCUCAUGGCGCUUAUGCGAUUCUUGUUCUUCUCAUUCUCGCUGAGGUUACCAGUUUUUGCCAGAACGUUUGGACGUUGGCUAGAGCCAGAAGAGCCGAUGUUGAGUUCGCUGAUAGAGUUUAUAAUAUUCUGUCUCCUCCUUUUUAUGUGCUGUAUUCGAUUGUGAGGGGUUUUGUUGGGCCUUACUUUCUUUACAAGAUGGGUGAGUUCUUCUUCAAUGGAGGAGCUGAGACUGUGAUUCCUACAUGGGUAUGGAUGUCUUGGAUAUUUGUUGUUGCUGCUGCCAUUUCUGUGAGUAUUUUGUGGAUUACCAAUCUCUGGGUUGAGUUAUACAGAGAAAGGAGCAGCAAAUUAGAGAAGAAGGGGAGGUAGGAGGAAGCCAUUGGGGUUUCUUCACUUUUUUUUUUUUUUUUUUUUUUAUGGUAGUUAGAUUUUCUUAUAAUUGAAAGCAGGGAGAAAGAUAUUGAAAUUUCUCUCUUUUUUGGUCUGCAACAAUGGAUAAAGAGGAAUUAACUCACAUCUGAAGAAGAAGAAAAAGUAGGGAAAGCAAUUCGGUUUCACCUUCUAUUUGUUGCUGUUUGAUUCAUUUGUCAUUUACACAAAGAAAGUGGUGUCAAAAUCUCGCAAUGGUGAAAAGAGAAGUUUUGUGGUUAGUGGUUUUUGUUUCAUUCCUCAAUUGGAUAUAACAUCUCUAUUCUUCUUCUUCUUCAUAAUUUAUUGUUCUUUUCCA